AGGGGGUCUUCUAAUGAUUGAUUGAUGCAUUUUAUAGACGAAUUAGAGAAAUUAAGUGUGUUGGUUAAACAGUUUAUAUAAUCAUCCGGAUAAGGCUUAUUGCAGCAGCAAGAAGAGAAGAAGAUGGGCCAACCCAACCCCACCGCUGCAAAAGCUGCAACAGCAAAGAUGGAGAUUUAUUUAUUUAUUUCUUUAUUUUUUGCUAAGAAAGAUGGGAGUUCUAUCAGAGCAGAGCAGAACAGAAGCAGAAGAGAAAGAAAAUAACAGCAAAAUCCAAAAGGCAACAAGGGAGACGAGGACAAGCCAAGCACGUGACCUGCCGAAAGCCUUGCCUGCAAAAUUUCUUUGCUUUUCGCCAUCCAUCCAUAGACAUCCCAUUGUUCUCUCUCUCUCUCUCUCGCUCUCUCUGUCCCUCGUUCUGAUCAAUCCCAUACAUCCCUUCAGUCCAAUCACUGAAUAUUAAGCACUUUUGUUUUCUCAACACCAAUUAUUCUCUCCUUUUCGCAUUUAUUAUUCAUUUUCUUUUCAAAAUUUUCACCUUGCCUGCCUGCCUGCGCCUGUGAAUCUUUGGCCUCCUGUUUUCGCCUUUUGGCUUUUGUGUACUUCGGUAUGCAGAUUUGAUCAUUGAUCUUGGGAGGAUAUGGUGGAACCACAUAGAAAUCACAUCUCAUCAUUCUCAGAUCUCUAGGCUCUCGGAAUUUCAGACUUAGUUUGUGUUUGCUUCUCUCUAGAAAAUUCUCUCCUCGUUGGUUUUUCCAUCCCAAACGGUGCCCAUUUCACUCUAAGCAGUGUAUGUUGUGCAAUACAUAAACUUUAGCAUUUCCCUUGGAGUUCCAGGAUCUGGGUAUUUGAGUUUUGGAAUUUCUGUUGAAGAUUGAAUCUAAAAGAAUGCAGUUCGUGUUACAGUAAUGGCGGGCUCUGCUUUACUGGCUUAAUCUGACAGUGACUUGUGAGAGCUAUGUUUCUGCUCAAAGUUAUUUCGAUGAGGCAAGGGAGAGAUUUUAAACUGGCGUUUGAAUGGCUUCUCUGAUACUUUUCUUUGGUGGCUUAGAGAAAAACUGAAGUUGUUGAUGUUAGAACAGAGUAUGGAGAGUAGAGGGCUUAUGCUCUGUAGAAUGAGUUUACUGGUUUUGGCAUUGAUGGAGAGCUCUUCUGCAACUCUUUCUCCUUCUGGCAUAAACUAUGAAGUUGUAGCUUUGAUGGCUAUAAAAAAUGAUCUCAAUGACCCUUACAAUGUUCUGGAGAACUGGGAUAUCAACUCUGUAGAUCCAUGUAGUUGGAGGAUGGUUACAUGCUCUCCUGAUGGCUAUGUGUCUGCUCUAGGACUGCCGAGCCAGAGCUUGUCGGGGACUUUAUCACCAGGGAUUGGAAACCUCAGUAACUUGCAAUCUGUGUUGCUGCAGAAUAAUGGUAUUUCUGGUCCUAUUCCUGUUGCAAUUGGGAAGCUGGAGAAGCUUCAGACGCUCGAUCUGUCCAGCAAUAAGUUCAACAGUGAAAUACCCAGUUCUUUGGGAGACCUCAUGAACCUGAAUUAUUUGCGACUAAACAACAAUAGCCUUACUGGACCCAUUCCCGAAUCUUUAUCCAAAGUUGGAGGUCUCACUCUUGUGGACCUUUCCUUCAACAAUCUCAGCAGUUCUGUGCCAAAAUUAUCGGCAAGAACUUUCAAAAUUACCGGCAACCCUAUAAUUUGUGGGCCUAAUUCGGACAAGUGUUCUGUUUAUCCAGAGCCUCUCUCCCUACCACCAGAUGGUGUAAGAGCUGAAUCAGAACCAGGGAGAAAAAACCACAGAGUGGCUGUUACUUUUGGUGCAAGCUUUAGUGCUGUGUUUGUAGUGAUAAUAAUCAUUGCAUCACUUGUAUGGGGGAGAUACCGACACAACCAGCAGAUUUUCUUUGACGUUAAUGAUCAAUAUGAUCCAGAGGUGUGCUUGGGCCAUUUGAAAAGGUAUACAUUCAAAGAACUCAGGGCUGCAACUGAUCAUUUCAACUCAAAGAACAUUUUAGGGAGAGGUGGAUUUGGAGUUGUCUAUAAGGGUUGCUUAAACGAUGGGAGUAUAGUGGCUGUCAAAAGGUUGAAGGACUACAAUGCCGUUGGUGGUGAAAUCCAAUUUCAGACAGAAGUAGAGAUGAUAAGUUUGGCAGUCCACCGGAAUCUUCUGCGGCUUUUGGGGUUCUGUUCAACUGAAAAUGAACGGCUUCUUGUUUACCCAUACAUGUCAAAUGGAAGCGUUGCUUCUAGGUUGAGAGCAGAUCAUAUUCAUGGAAAACCAGUUUUAGACUGGUCCAGACGGAAGAAUAUAGCUUUGGGUACGGCAAGGGGGUUGCUGUAUUUGCACGAGCAGUGUGACCCCAAAAUCAUUCACCGGGAUGUUAAAGCCGCCAACAUUUUGUUGGACGAAGACUUUGAGGCCGUUGUUGGAGAUUUUGGGUUGGCAAAGCUCUUGGAUCACCAUGAUUCGCAUGUGACAACAGCUGUGCGUGGCACGGUUGGCCACAUUGCUCCCGAGUAUCUGUCAACUGGCCAAUCAUCCGAGAAAACUGAUGUUUUUGGGUUCGGGAUCUUGCUCCUCGAGCUGAUUACCGGUCAAAAGGCAUUGGACUUUGGACGGGUGGCGAACCAGAAAGGAGUGAUGCUUGAUUGGGUGAGAAGGCUGCACCAGGAUGGCAAGCUGAACCUAUUGGUGGACAAAGAUUUGAAGGGGAUUUUCGACCGGGUAGAGCUAGAAGAAACGGUUCAAGUUGCACUUUUGUGUACUCAAUUCAAUCCUUGGCAUCGCCCCAAAAUGGCUGAAGUUCUGAGGAUGCUGGAAGGCGAUGGAUUAGCCGAGAAAUGGGAGGCCUCACAAAGCAUCGAGACACCCAGGUUUGUUCGAUCAUUCGAUCCUGCUCCCCAGAGAUACUCCGAUUUCAUAGAAGAAUCUUCUCUUGUGAUUGAAGCAAUGGAGCUCUCUGGCCCCCGCUGAAGGUCCUAACAACUCUUGUAUAGCUUCUUUGAAGCAGAGAGAAGGAUUUCAUCACUGUUGAUAGUGAUAUAUGCUGAGUGAAUGUAUUCUUCAUCUGUACAAAAAUGAAAGCAAUGUAUAAGCAUUUGUUGAAAUCCUAAUCCUGGUCACUACACACUUGGUACAAAAGUUUUGAAAUGAAUCUAGGAAUAUCUGUAAAUGUGAUUGGCAUUCCUUUUUAAAGUGACUGCGAAACACCAACAGAUUUGGAAGAUCAUGGAUUGUACGGUCAUUGAUUUCAGUUUGUGCAGUGAAAGAGUCCAAAGAAUGGUUUGG